AUGGACUUCCUAUUACGCCGGGUUGAUUCUAGUGCUUCUUCAGUUGUUAAGAUAAAAGCGGAAGCUGGUUUUGUAGUUAAAUCAAAGUUGGAAUUCUCCAAAGACGGCAUUUUAAAGGUUGGAACUAAGGUAUUUAUUAAUGUCUGCCAUGGUAAAGAGGUCCCCAAACCUGAGAUUGCUUUUAAUCCUAGCAUUGUAUAUCCACUAAUCACGAAUAAUAGGUGGGAAAUACCAAUCAUUACAUCUAGUGUUCGAGAGGAUAAGGAUAAGAAGGGACAGUUGUGCUAUGUAUGGGACUGCUGCAUCAACAGUGUUUGCAUGGGAUGGGUGAAUAAAGACCUCCAGCUGAAGGAGAUAGUGGUUGAAUGGUGUUUGGAAUCGUGUGAGUUGCGUCAGGAUGUUGCGAUUAGUCGGGAAUCUGUGGUUUUCCCCAAGCUCAGAAGUAAGGGUACUAUACCUGAACUGGAGAUGUUAAAGGAGGAACUAGAGACGAACGCCGAGAAGGCCAUUCAGGAAGCUGUGGAGCGGAGUGAGGAGGGCCCUGCUGCGUUUUUGGAGCUGCGAAGAAGCGUUUUCAAUGAAGACAAGUUAAGUACACCUGAAGACGGUGGAGACGAUGGAGAUAUGCUUCCUCCGCUUUUUCCAAAUACCGCGGCCAAUGGCCGGAAGCCACUAAUAGAGGAGAUUGAUCCAUCAAGCGUAAAUAAGAGAUGUUUAUCAGAUUUUUGCUCUAAGGUUCAAGCGCCAAGUCGAGGAGUUUUGGAAUAUGAUGUAAAAAUGGGAAAGACAGCGGAUAGUUCGAAGUACAAGCUCAAAAUUGAGGUAAAAUCGCAGCUUUCAUCGGCAAAGGACUAUUCACUGCAAUUAGAUACAACAUCCAAUGUCCUGGUCAUUUCGAAUACUAACACAGACCUCUACGAGAAGAAGGAAUUGAGGAUCCCGUUGCCAAACAUCUAUAAUAGCCAACCCGAAAUUGCUUCUUUUUUUACUACAAGGGACAAUCUUUUAAAGAUAUUCAUAUAG